CGCGUCUCCUCGUGAUAUUUCCAGUCUAUCGAUUUUUUUUGGAGAGUUUGAGGAGUGUCAGGUGUGGCUGUUCAGCGCCUUCAUGUCGGUUUGGCCGUUGUUGUAUAUUCUGAACGUUUGCGGUUACUGAAACCCUCGUGCUUUGACUGUGAUAGAUAAUUUGGCGUCGGUGGAGGAAAUUCAGCAGGUUGGCAAACCUCAUCUUCUCCGCCUAGCAACCGGUCGCACAAAAGCACGAUGUACGCGAAACCCAAAGCACAACAACCAUGGUCUCUCCGGCGCAAGAUUCUCCUUGCAGUCGGCAUCCUCAUCCUAAUCCUCGCCUUAGGCCUCGGUUUAGGUUUGGGCCUCACGCUGGGACGCGAUAACGACGACAACGACAACACCUCACCACCAGCCUCCACCCUAACACCUCUCCCCACACCAAACACCACAAUACCAUGGAAACCAUCCGUAUCCGAUACCUGGCAAAUCAUCCUCUCUCACCCACCCGAUCUAUCCUCGUCGGACACCAGCACAACGCCCAACGUCAGCAUCUUCGACAUCGAUCUCUUCGACACACCCACCGAGACGAUAAACCAACUACAUUCCAUGGGCAAGAAAGUGAUCUGCUAUUUCAGCGCAGGAAGCUACGAGGACUGGCGGCCUGACGCGUCGGAGUUCAAGAAAGAGGAUCUUGGGCGCGAUCUAGAUGGGUGGCCGGGCGAGAAAUGGUUAGAUCUGGGUAGUGAGAAUGUGAGGAGGAUAAUGAAGAAGAGGAUAGAUUUGGCGAAGGAGAAGGAGUGUGAUGGUGUUGAUCCUGAUAAUGUUGAUGGUUAUCAAAACAACAACGGCCUCUCCCUCACCCAAUCCUCCUCAAUAUCCUACAUCUCCUACCUCUCCGCCUUAACCACCCCCCUAAACCUCACUCUCGGCCUUAAAAAUGCCGGCGAUAUCAUCCCAGCCGUUCUCCCCAUCGUGCACUUCAGCGUGAACGAGCAAUGUGCAAAGUACGGUGAGUGCGCCACCUUCGCCCCCUUCAUUGCAGCGGGGAAACCCGUGUUCCACAUCGAGUAUCCGGAUGGAGCGGGGGCGGAGCAAGGAUUGAAAGAAGAUAUUGUGGGGAGGUAUUGUGGUAGAACGGGGAAGGGAGAUGGGAGUGAGGGGUUUAGUACGGUGCUGAAGAAGAUGGAGUUGGAUGGGUGGGUUGAGUUUUGUGAUAGGAGGGUUGAGGUUACGGAUGUGGAUGAGGGGCUGGGGAAUCAUGGGUAGAGUAGGAAAUAGGAGG